AUGGCCGAGGGGCUUAACGGAUUGGCAACAUGCUAUAUGAUGUGCUCAAACGACGAAAUUCGCGAGCGAAUCACACGUGGUCAUAUUAGCGUCUACGAGGCGUCCUAUUACGACAACGAGAAGAAUCGUUUGGUGGCGAAUCCGGAAAGAAUGGUCGCUGAGUACAAAAAAUUCAAUCCUGAGGAUGAGCGAAACAGCGACCACGUCCGGCCGCCGUUCACUCUUAUUCAGACCGUUGACUACCUAAAGCGUCUCUACCUGUGUCGAAGAGACACCCAGGACAUCGAUAUGUGCUGCAUAUUUUUGCACAAUCGUAUGCAGGCGGUUGUGGACGAGCUUCUUUAUCAAAAAGCAGCGGCUUUCGAUUGUGUUCUCGUAUUGCAGGCGAUGAUCCCGUUUUACGUCGAAAUAGCCGCGUUGCUCAAAUGUCGCGGAAUUGAUGUUUUCACGGAGAGUGAGCAUUGCUUUUUUCUCAAGAGAUUGUUCAAAAUUUGGCUCCAACACGUGAGAGGUGUUAAAGAGGAGGACAAAGGUUUGAUCGACGAGCGCAUUCUGAUGUACAUAGUGUUUUCGAAUCCGUAUGCUCCGAGAUCGGUCCAAAAGAUUGUCGACGACUAUCGCGAUCUAUUCCGUCCGGAAACGCUUCGAUUCGUUCUCGACAUCGUUUUGGCGAUUCGAACGAACAAUUACGUCAAAUAUUUCAAAUUGUACUCGCUUCUCGAGCCGAUCAGCAAAUGCUGUCUGUUCGACGUGACCGCGCUCGUCCGCCAAGUCUCGAUGCGUCAAAUCAUGGCCGCGUAUCGCUGUCCGCAACAAUAUUUGAAUGUGAUGAAGUUCGCGAAAUGGCUCGGAUUCAAUGACGUCGGCACGUGCGCGAAAUUCCUUCAAUAUUACGCGAAGACAAAUAUUGAGACGGUCGUGCCGAUGCUGACGCUGCGGGAGCCGUUUAUAAAGACGAGAGGAUUCUGGAUUCUAUCGGCCACUUUGUGA